GAGGACGACUACACUGAUACUGGUGAGUACUGCUGCGUCAACUUUCUUUUAGAUUGAGGGGAAUAUGCCCCAUCGACAAUUCAUCGCGCUGGCUUGCCUUCUUUUCUCCCUCACAACACCAUCAAUCAUCAAUCAAUCACCAUCUGCGUCAUCCACAAUCCACCCAACACGCCCUCCCCCAAAAAAUCAACCAAAAAAACCCGAAUUCCAAUCUCAAAGAGUCAUCCAUCUAACCAUGAAAUCAACAACCAGAAUCCGAGAUCUCCGAGCAGUCCGACGAAGAACUCGACAGCGAGUCCUUCCUGGACCGCCUGUCGGCUCUGCAAGACAUGAUCCCCCCGUCGGCCCGCCGCUCCUUCACGAGCUCCGUCUCCGCCGUCACCAACCUCACCAAGUCCAGCCUGAGCUUCAGCGGCAAGGCCCUGUGGAUCCUGAGCACCAGCGCUUUCCUGGUCGGUGUCCCGUGGGCGCUGGCUUACGCUGAGGAGGAGCAGUAUAUUCAGCUCGAGCGCGAGCAGGGUAUGAUUAAGGGUGCUAAUGAUGUGAGUUUAUAACUUUCUUUUUCCGUCUAUCUUCGUAUUUCACUUGGGAGUUGCGGCUAUCGUGCGUGUUUACGUACGCUGUCGGGCUUUGGUUUGCGGGGACGGUGACGUGAAAACUUUUUUUCUGGUGAUGAUGGCACCAACAACAUCAGAAAGAGUGGUUUCAUGCGUUACAGCUCUCUCAUCAUCCGUUCUCGUUGGAAAUUG